AUACAAGUCUUUAUACGGUGCUCUAAAGACGGGGAUUUCGCGGUGGCAAAAAGUUGUUGACAGAUAAGUCAGUCCGAAUGUAGACCGUGUUUCUCAGGUUUUUGCGCCAAAUUUAACUGGCACGACCCCUUGCGCUGUUGAUUUUUAGUUUCAACCAUCAGUCUGUCUUGAUCUUGCACAUGUGUUAUUGCUAAUUGUUUUCUACAGCCUGUAUAUCAAUGUCAGUCAAUCAGUCUUCGUCUCACUCCUUUGAACAAUUAAACAAUAAUCCAGAGGAGCAGUCGCAUAGUGGUCCUCCUACAUCUCGUUCACCACCUCGUAAUCGUUUACCUGGUCAUAGCUUCUCAUCCCAUGAAUCUAUCGAUUCCAUCAAUCCUGACCAAAUGCUUUAUUAUGGCGCAAAGCAGAUAAUCAGUUUAUUUAUACCAGUAACCAUUUGUAUGUUAUUCGUUGUUGCUGUCGCUUCAACUGUUGACUUUUAUGGACAUACGGAUCAGUAUUUGUUGUAUACACCUUUUCAUACACCGGAUGCAGAUAUUGGCACACAAACAUGGCAAACAAUAGCUAAUACUUUGAUAUUUAUGAGUGUUGUUGUCGUAAUGACAUGUAUUCUUGUUUUAUUAUUCAAGUAUCAUUGUUAUAAGUUUAUUCGAGGUUGGAUAAUUAUGACAACUGUCUUCUUGCUUUUCCUAAUAUCCUUGAUGUUUUUUGCUGAAGUUCUUCGAGCUAUGGGUGUUUUUGUUGAUUAUAUCACGGUAGCAUUUGCUUUAUGGAAUUUUGGUGUUGUAGGAAUGAUAGUGAUACAUUGGCGUGGACCAUUAAUUUUACAACAAGCUUAUCUCAUAUUUAUAUCUGCACAGAUUGCAUUAAUGUUUUUAAAAUAUCUGCCAAAGUGGACAUGUUGGCUUGUCUUAGCAGCGUUAAGUAUUUGGGAUAUAGUCGCUGUUUUAUGUCCAAAUGGACCAUUACGAAUGUUAGUCGAAAUGGCACAUGAACGACAACAACCUCUAUUUCCUGCUCUUCUCUAUUCAACUACUGCAGUUUAUCUUGUCAAACAAAAUCAAUCAUCAACUGAUGAUCAAAUUGAAAAUAGUCAACAUUCUGUUGAAUCUGUUGAUAUUCCAAAUGAAGUAUCCAAUGGUAAUGAUACUAUACAAUCUUGUUCUACUACAUGUGAACUAGGAGUUUCAGACAAUGAUAAUCAGCCAAUAACAGGGGAUUCAACUAAUGUGCAGAGCAUUCCCAAUAAUACUCUUGGAACCAAUAUGGUUGAAGAAGCAGACACUCCCACUGUCAAUAUGAAUAACAAUAAUGAUUCCAAGAUUAUGAAUAAUAAUAAUGAAACUCUUCCACAAACACCACAUGAAACAAGUACACUUAUAACAACAGGUCGAUCUAAUCGUUGGCGUGAAUUGCAAGCGGAUUUAAUUGAUCGUGAUUCAAAAGGUGUUAAACUUGGUUUAGGUGAUUUUGUAUUUUACAGUCUGUUGAUUGGUCGUGCAACACUUGACGGUGAUGCAGUCACUGUAGUGACAUGUUAUGUAGCUAUAUUAGUUGGAAUGUGUAUUACAGUGAUAGUAUUGGGUAUUACACGGCAAGCAUUACCAGCUUUACCAAUAUCUAUCACAUGUGGUAUAAUAUUUUAUUUUGUCAGUUCAGCGACAAUAUCACCAUUUCUUGAAGCAACAGCAGCUGAACGUGUGUUCUUUUAA